UACAUUGAUAGUCAAAGACGAACAGUGUUCAACAGAGACUGACAACUCCCAUCAUGAGGCACAUUAUACUGUUAGGUUUUCUCAUGCUGCUUCCUUGUGGUUUUGCCCCUCCAGUAGCUCAGAAAUCUCUAUUGACAAAGCUCUUGGAUCCCAAAAUCGUAAAGAAAUACCUUGAAAGUUACUAUGUACCAAAAUGGAAAAAACCAGUCAUACAUGACACAGCGAUACUUCUCAAAGAAAUGCAGAAAUUUUUCCAAAUUAAAAUAACAGGAAUACUUGAUCCCGAAACUGUGGAAAUAAUGAAACAGCCCAGAUGUGGAAUGCCUGAUGUCUCUGAAUAUAGCACUUUCGAAGGAAAACCAAAAUGGAAAAAGAAUUCCUUGACUUACAGGGUGAUUAACACUACUUCUGACCUGUCAAGAAAACAAGUGUUAUCAGACACUGCAAAGGCUUUCAAGCUUUGGAGUGAUGUGACCCCUCUCAAGUUCACAAGAACAACAGGACCGGCUGAUAUCGAAAUGUUUUUUGCAAGUGAUGAACAUGGCGACUCCUACCCUUUUGAUGGGAAAGAUGGAACUCUAGCUCAUGCUUAUGCUCCUGGAGAAGGCCUAGGAGGAGAUGCCCACUUUGAUAAUGAUGAGAAAUGGUCAUCAAGUAACAGAGGAACCAAUUUUUUCACUGUUGUUGCACAUGAGGUUGGUCAUUCCUUGGGCAUGGAUCACUCAAACGUCCGUGGUGCUUUGAUGUAUCCUACCUAUCAGUAUAUAAACAAAAGAAACUAUCGACUUCCAGAAGAUGAUAAAAAAGGAAUACAGUCAUUAUAUGGAAAGAGAACCUGAACAAUCCUAGCGUGUGUGCUUCUGAAGAAACAAAACAGACCUAUUUUGUAUUUAUAUUCACUUUAUAAUAUAUAUUAUCUUUUAAAUAAUACAAAAUGGCAAAACUAUCUGAAAUUUAAACUGGAGGCUAGUGAAAUGAAAUCAUAAGCAAAUAAUCAGAUUAAGCUUUAUGAAAUGGCUGGUUUGAGAAGUACUGCACAAAGAUUUUUUU